CAAAAACAAUCAGUUAAAUAUUGUAGGUUAAAAAUAAAAAAAUGGCUUUAGAUUUUGUGGCAACCUACAAAGUUUUAGUGUUAGGUGACUCCAAUGUGGGCAAAACCUGCAUUGUACAUCGGUACUGUGAUGAAAAAUAUUACGAAACAUAUAUUUCCACUAUUGGCAUUGAUUUUAAACAGAAAUUAAUAAAUUUAGAUGGUGUGCCAAUAAAAUUACAAAUCUGGGACACUGCUGGACAGGAACGCUUUCGUACACUGACAACGGCCUAUUAUCGUGGUGCUAUGGGCAUUUUAUUGAUGUAUGAUGUGACGAACUUGGAAAGUUAUAAUAAUUUAUCUUAUUGGUUACGAAAUAUACAAGAGAAUGCCUCGCCGGAUGUUGUGAAAGUAUUAGCUGGCAACAAAUGUGAAUGCUCAGCAACACAGCGUAUGGUAGAUAAGGAGAGAGGGGAAAAGAUUGCUGAAAACUUCGACAUGCCCUUUUUUGAGGUUUCUUGUAAAUGUAAUAUAAACAUUGAAGAGGCCUUCUUAGCUUUGGCAAGGAAGAUACGAGAACAACGAGAACGGCGAGGUGAUAAUUUCGACAAUGACGAUAAGCCGCAAGAUAAAAAAUCGCCUGGGUCAAAUGGUUUAGGAGGAACAUUUAGUCUUGGUAGUCUUUCGGAGGGUAAUCGCUGUUCCUGUUAAUUUAUUUCUAACAAAAUUUUUAUAACACCAACAAGAAUGAGUUGUCCAGUAAAAAUUAAACAAAAACAAACAGAAAAUGU